AUGAUAGGAAGAGCCGACAUCGAAGGAUCAAAAAGCAACGUCGCUAUGAACGCUUGGCCGCCACAAGCCAGUUAUCCCUGUGUCCCUAUGCGUACUGAACAUCUGGAUCAAGCCAGCUUUUGCCCUUUUGCUCUACGCGAGGUUUCUGUCCUCGCUGAGCUGGCCUUAGGACACCUGCGUUAUUCUUUGACAGAUGUACCGCCCCAGUCAAACUCCCCGCCUGGCAGUGUCCUCGAACCGGAUCACGCGGGAGUUGAACGGCGACGGGCGCGCGAGCGCCACGCCACCACUCUGCACGCUUGGAACGAAACACCGUACGCGAGCCGAUUGCGAAAAUCGACCGCGCACCGCUUCCGCCCAACCGAUUCUGAGCUGACCGUUGAACGGCGGUCGUAUAGAACCGCGCCGAGACGCCGCCACGUCGCGAGCGACGAGCGAGCCUACGACGCGGCCUUACGGCUAGGAAGAUCCGCGGAAGGCCGGAGCGCGGGUCCGGAUUCAGCACGCGCGCGAAGCGCGAGCAUCGACCAGGCCCGGCACCGGCCGCAUCCGCUUCCCGUCCAAACCCGACACGCCCCGGUCCUCAGAGCCAAUCCUUAUUCCGAAGUUACGGAUCCAAUUUGCCGACUUCCCUUACCUACAUUAUUCUAUCGACUAGAGGCUCUUCACCUUGGAGACCUGCUGCGGAUAUGGGUCCGCAGAGAGUAUCCGGACACCGCCGCAAAUGCGGUGCUCUUCGCGUUCCGAACCAUAUCUCCCUUCUAUAGGAUUCCAUGGAACUCGAACGCUCAGGCAGAAAAGAAAACUCUUCCCGGACCCCUCGGCGGCGUCUUCAGGCCACUUUGGGAUCGACUGACUCGCGAGCAACUACUGUUCACGCGAAACCCUUCUCCACGUCAGUCCUCCAGGGCCUCGCUGGAGUAUUUGCUACUACCACCAAGAUCUGCACCGACGGCGGCUCCAGGCGGGCUCACGCCCAGACCCUUCUGCGCUCACCGCCGCGCGCGUCCUACUCGUUACGGCUUAAAUUUUUCAAUUACAAUGCCGGUAACGGUAGUGUAUAGGCAGAACGCUUCAGCGCCAUCCAUUUUCAGGGCUGGUCGCUUCGGCAGCAUCUGUGCUCAGAGCGCGCCUGCAUUCACUGAUUGGAAACGAGACGCCUCGGGGGUGCGGGAGCGGGCGACCUCGCGGCGACACCGCCCCAUCCCCCCUGAGCGCGCGGCUAGCGCGCGCCUUCACUUUCGUUUCGCCUCUCGGUUUUGUCUAAUAUUAUUAUCUCAGUCGACCGGUUUAGAGCCGACGAACCGAAUGACUCGCACACAUGCUAGACUCCUUGGUCCGUGUUUCAAGACGGGUCCUGCGAGUGCCCGAAACUUAGAACAUCGCAGACACGACACGCGCACUGUCAAAGGCUACACGGCUGCUACGAAAAAACAGCGGCGCCGCGCCCGCGUCCGCGCUACGGCAGGCGCACGGGCGACGACGCGCAUCAUAUUGAACGCUUGCGUCGGGCCUGACGUGCGUGCAAAGAUUGCACGUGCGCGAUUCGUAUGCACAAUGGCCGAAUACCGUCCGCGGUCGGUCGGCACCGGCGGUCAGGUCGGGCGGCGCGUCGCGCCCCGCGAGGGGACGACGGCCGCCCGGCUCCAGGUCGCCGGGCUUAGACCGACGGCGCGAACGGCCUUAGAUGGAGUUUACCACCCACUUAGGGCUGCACUCUCAAGCAACCCGACUCUGAGGAGCGUCCCUCUCGCGCGCUCGCCCCGUCGCUACGGGCCUGGCACCCUCUGCGGGAAAACGGCCCCGUUCAAGACGAACUUGGACGAGAGCGGGACGCGCGAGAAAGCGGAACCUCCCGAACACCACAUCUCCCGCGAUCGAGACGACCGCGGGAUUCAGCGCUGGGCUCCUCCCUGUUCGCUCGCAGCUACUGAGGGAAUCCUUGCCAACGAUACAAAAAAAGUGGGAGGCAGACGCGAUAUCCGUCGGCGCGCGAUCGCGCUGAGCGCGGCGCGCCCUUCGGACGUCGUGUCCGCCUACGCGCGACUCUCUUUUUUUUUCAUUAUUCUCAUUAUUGUUAUUAUUAUUAUUAUUAUUAUAUGCGACACGCGCGACCGCUCGAAAGCAGCGCGCGCUCAAAUCGACGCGCACGGCGCAAGCGCACACUUCGCGAAGACAUCAACCACACACCACGUACUUAAUAACCACCGUCGUCGUCGUCGUCGUCGACCCCGUUCGAAUUGUAUUAUUCGUCGUAGUCGUCGUCGUCGUCGUCGUCGUUGGAGACGUGUGUGUGUUGUCGUUCGUUGCUGUUGUGACGUUUCACCGCUGCCGCUCUGCUCUGCAUUAGAGCGGCGGCAGAGCGUCGACCGCGACACGAGCGGCGGGCGGUCGGCGAGUCGCGAACAAUAA